ACUCAAUCUUGGUUCCUGUCCACUGUCCACUGUCCAGCUGAGCUGAGAGAGAAAAUAAAAGGGUAAUGGAAAAGCAAAACUUUGAGGGGAGUGAUUGUUGGACUUCUUGGGAGAAUCGUCAAUCAAGCAAGGCUGAAACUGUUGCCCUUUCAGCUGCCUCUGCCCUCUUUCUCUGCAAAACCCCCUGUUUCUCUUCUAUGGCCAAGGUUUUAGAGCUCACUUCCAUUCCGUGGAGACUUUCCAACUUCCUCUUUCUUCCUGUUUCUCUCACUUGCAUUCUCUACUGCUUCUUUCCAGCUCACUCUGCCUUUCUGCAGGUUUUUGUUAGGGUUUAAAGAGCUGCUGCACUAAAAGGGGCUAGCUUUGGAAUCCGACGCUCGUUGGAACAGCCUCCUUUCAAGGCAGCGCAUGCUUGAUUCAGCUACCCAAGUUUAACUUCCCGCUAAGGCUUAAGCUUAAUAAGGAGUAAAGCUUCAAACUUUAUCCAUUUUUCAAUCGGAUGGUGCUUGCAAAAUGGUUCGGAAGCCUUCUGUUACUCCUUAUCACCAUCUUCACCAAUGCAUAUGGUGCGUUCGUUGGAGUAAACAUAGGAACUAGUCUUUCCAACUUCCCGCCAGAGGCGGACGUGGUCUCCCUUCUCAAAUCCAAAGGAAUAACACAUGUGCGCCUAUAUGAUGCUGAUCCGCACAUGUUGAGAGCCCUCUCAGACUCUGGGAUCAAUGUGAUGGUCGGAGUGCUCAACGAAGAAGUCCUAGGAAUUGGUGAAUCUCCAUCAGCAGCUGCCUCGUGGAUCAACCGGAACGUAGCAGCCUACUUGCCCUCGACCAACAUUACUGCCAUAGCAGUUGGUAGUGAGGUUCUCACUUCCAUCCCCAACGUAGCUCCCGUCCUAAUGCCCGCUAUGCAGUACCUUCACAAGGCACUCGUUGCUUCAAACUUGAACUCUCGUGUAAAGAUCUCAACCCCUCAAUCUAUGGAUAUCAUUCCCAAGCCAUUUCCACCUUCCACCGCCACCUUCAACUCUUCAUGGAACAACACAAUAUAUCAGCUCCUUCAGUUUCUGAAGAACACAGACUCUUACUACAUGUUGAAUGCUUAUCCUUACUAUGGAUACACUUCUGGGAAUGGCAUCUUUCCUCUUGAGUAUGCUUUGUUCCAGGAGCUUUCCCCAGUGAAGCAGAUAGUUGACCCGAACACCUUGUUCCACUAUGACAGCAUGUUCGACUCCAUGGUAGAUGCUGCUUACUACGCAAUGGAUGAUUUUGGUAUGUCUGGUGUUCCAGUUGUUGUGACAGAGACUGGCUGGCCUUGGCUUGGCUGGGCGAAGGAGCCUGAUGCCACCCCCGAGAAUGCGCAGAAGUAUGUUAGUAGUCUUAUCAGGCGUGUUCAGAAUGAUUCUGGUCCGCCGAGUCAUUUGAGCAUUCCAAUCAACACUUACAUAUAUGAGCUGUUUAAUGAGGACAAGAGACCAGGGCCGGUAUCCGAGAGGAGCUGGGGCUUGUUUUUCCCAAAUGGUACGGCUGCUUAUGCUCUUAGUUUGGAUGGUUCGGAAGAGCUCGUGACUGGGAAUUCCUCCUCGGCGGCUACGUUUUGUGUUGCUAAGCCAAAUGCUGACCCUGAUAAGCUGAAAUCGGGACUCGACUGGGCUUGUGGGCAAGGUGGAGCUAAUUGUGCACCUGUUCAACAAGGGAGACCGUGUUUCCAACCUGAUAGCUUUCAGAACCAUGCUUCAUUUGCAUAUAAUGAUUAUUAUCAGAAGAUGCAUGGUGCUGGUGCGACAUGUGAUUUCGAUGGUACUGCUACAAUAACUAGUAUUGAUCCCAGUUAUGGAUCUUGUGUCUUCACCGGAAGUUCAAAUUCGAGCACAGGAGGAGGGGGGAUGUUUCCACCCACGGCAUUUGGACCCGUUAGUCCCCAGCUUGGAGGGAGCUCGAAGUUGGCAGUGACAAGAACUCGCGUUUUGAUAUUAGCAGCAGUUCUUGGGUUGUUGUUCUCAGUUUGAGUCCAUGCAAAGUAUUUUUUGCAGCAUUGGUUGAGAGAAUGGAUGCUGGGUUUGUCAGACAUGCCCAUUAGAUUGUGAAACAUUUUGGUUCAAUUUGUUUCAAAUGUAUUUUGUUGUUGACAAUUGGUAGGGAACUUCUCAUCUUGUAGUAAAUAGUUCCUUUUGGCCUGUUGGUUAGUUGGUUGGCUGGUUUCGUCUUCUGUAUUAUGGUAGUGGUGGAAAGAAUGUCCCUCCAAGUUUUGUUCCUUCAAUGUUUGCUUGCAAUUUUGGAGGCAAUGCAUUGAUUGGUUCUUUAUGAACCAAGGGUUGUUUGGAUGAGGAAUUGUAACGGAUCAAUUUGAUACAAUUGUCUCGUUUUGAGAUAAUUGUACCAAAUUGCCUCGUUUGCCAGUAAAAAAAUUGGAUGG